AUGCCUGUCUCUAGAAUUGCAAUUGGAAACCCAGCUGAGUUUGGGCAGCCAGAUGCUCUCAAAGCAGCUCUUGCUGAGUUCAUCUCAGUUCUCAUCUUUGUUUUUGCUGGUGAAGGCUCUGGCAUGGCUUUCGACAAGCUCACUAAUGGUGCUUCAACAACACCGGCUGGCCUUAUAGCCGCUGCCUUGGCACAUGCCUUUGCACUUUUCGUGGCGGUUUCCAUUGCAGCAAACAUCUCCGGAGGUCAUGUUAACCCUGCUGUCACAUUUGGUGCCUUUAUUGGCGGCAACAUCACUCUCAUCAGGUCUAUUUUGUACUGGAUUGCCCAGUUGCUUGGAGCCGUGGUUGCUUGCUUGCUUCUCAGGAAACAUCUGCUCUUCUCCCUAUCAAGCGGUGUGAGUGUAUGGAAUGCCGUGGUGCUGGAGAUUGUGAUCACCUUUGGUCUGGUUUACACAGUUUAUGCCACAGCCCUUGACCCAAAGAAGGGCAACAUAGGCAUCAUUGCCCCCAUUGCAAUUGGUUUCAUUGUUGGUGCCAACAUCUUGGUUGCUGGUGCCUUUGAUGGUGCAUCCAUGAACCCAGCAGUCUCCUUCGGACCCGCUGUCGUCAGCUGGACAUGGGACAACCACUGGGUCUACUGGCUCGGCCCAUUCAUAGGCGCUGCCAUUGCUGCCCUCGUUUACGAUCUCAUCUACAUCACCCCAGACACACAUGAGCAGCUCCCCACCACAGACUACUAA